AUGCUGCCCGUUGGUGCCUGUUGCUUCCCGUGCCUGUGCUGCCCGUUGCUGCCUGUUGCUGCCCGUACCUGUGCUGCCUGUUGCCGCCUGUUGCUGCCCGUGCCUGUGCUGCCUGUCGCUGCCCGUGCCUGUGCUGCCUGUUGCCGCCCGUUGCUGCAUGUGCCUGUGCUGCCCGCUGCUGCCUGCUGCUGCCCGAGCCUGUGCUGCCCGUUGCCGCCCGUUGCUGCCCGUGCCUGUGCUGCCCGUUGCCGCCCGUUGCUGCCCGUGCCUGUGCUGCCCGUUGCCGCCCGUUGCUGCCCGUGCCUGUGCUGCCUGUUGCCGCCCGUUGCUGCCCGUGCCUGUGCUGCCUGUUGCUGCCCGUGCCUGUGCUGCCUGUUGCCGCCCGUUGCUGCCUGUGCCUGUGCUGCCCGUUGCUGCCUGUUGCUGCCCGUGCCUGUGCUGCCCGUUGCUGCCUGUGUCUGUGCUGCCCGUUGCCGCCCGUUGCUGCCCGUGCCUGUGCUGCCUGUUGCCGCCCGUUGCUGCCCGUGCCUGUGCUGCCUGUUGCUGCCCGUGCAUGUGCUGCCUGUUGCCGCCCGUGCCUGUGCUACCUGUUGCCGCCCGUUGCUGCCCGUGCCUGUGCUGCCCGUUGCCGCCCGUUGCUGCCCGUGCCUGUGCUGCCUGUUGCUGCCAGUUGCUGCCCGUGCCUGUGCUGCCCGUUGCUGCCCGUUGCUGCCCGUGCUUGUGCUGCCCGUUGCCGCCCGUUGCUGCCCGUGCCUGACUGCGUCUGCUCCGAGCUGGCGCCGCAGCGGCAAGGGCAAAGGGGGCAAGGGAGGCGGAGGUGACGGCGGGGGAGGCGGUGGCGGGGGUGGUGGUGGGGCUGGAGGGGCUAGUGGCAGCGGUGGGGGUGGUGGCGGCAGCGGCGGGGGAGGUGGCAGGGGCGGGGGUGGUUGUGGGGGCGGCGGUGGACGCGGCAGCGGCAGGGGAGGGGGUGGUUGA